AUGAACAGGUCGUUCCUCGCUGAAACAAUAUCUUCCAUUAAAACCAAUAAGAGAUGUAUUAAGAUUUGGGAGAGAUGCGAUUCUGACACUGGAUACGUAUGUGAUAUGAACAUAUAUGCUGGGAAAGACGAAGAGCAAAAAGAAGGAACAUUAGGGGAAAGAGUGGUAAACAAGUUAUGCAGCUCUAUAAACGAUCCAAACGUGAUGUUGUGUUUUGAUCAUUUUGCUGCUGUUGUAUGUCAAAUAAAAAAAAACCUGCCACAGUUUGAUAAGAAAAAAGUGGGAAAAGGAGAUUGCCAAACAUUAUCUAGUGAUCAGGGUAUUAUCGCAAAUCUAUGGAAAGAUUCUAAAGAGGCUUUGAUUCUUGCAAACUGUCACAAAGACAAAAUGGGAUCUGUAGAAAGACGCCAAAAAGGCGGAACCAAAAUUAACGUGCCCUCUCCGGAAGCUAUAAAAGCAUAUAAUUGA